AAGCAGGAGUUAAACGGCGUUCACGCUCGCUACCCGCAGGUGGCGCCGUCCCGCCUCGGUGCGGAACUCUGGGCGCUCUGAAGUGCGGGACAGAAUCGCAGCGAGCGCGGAGCCGAAGCUCAGCCCGGACUUGUUGAUCUCGCCCAAGCAGCCGUCGCCGCCGCCACCGCCGCCGCGAGAGCAGCAGGAGGAGGAGGAGAAGGUGGCGGUACAGGAGGCGCCGCCCGAACGCUGUCCUGCCACCCGCGUCUGUGGCGCCCGCCUGCGCCCCCAGCCUCGGAGAGCGCGCUCGGCUUCGCAGCGCCCGCAGCCCCGGCGCGUCCCCAGCCCGGCCGGCGUAAGCUGGGCCCAGCCCGGCCCCGGGUCCGCCGUUGCCCGCGGGCCGGGGCGGCCGGGCGGCCGGGGCGAUGCUUGGUCCCUGGCCCCUGGAGGCGGCCUCCCUGGAGCCGUCGUCGGGAUGGAGGUGAGAAGACGGCCGUGACGCGCGCCUGCGUGGUCUCCUGCACCCCCAACAGCCCAUAGUGCUCCCUGCCCCCCUCCCCCGCAGCGGCCGGCCUUGCGGCCCAGUGACAGCGGCCUGGGGGGGCAGGGGGGGCGGGGGCGGCCGGACCAGCGAUGCCGGCGGGCAUGACGAAGCAUGGCUCCCGCUCCACCAGUUCGCUGCCGCCCGAGCCCAUGGAGAUCGUGCGCAGCAAGGCGUGCUCGCGGCGAGUCCGCCUCAACGUCGGGGGCCUGGCGCACGAGGUGCUCUGGCGCACCCUGGACCGCCUGCCCCGCACGCGGCUGGGCAAGCUCCGCGACUGCAACACCCACGACUCGCUGCUCGAAGUGUGCGACGACUACAGCCUCGAGGACAACGAAUACUUCUUCGACCGCCACCCGGGCGCCUUCACCUCCAUCCUCAACUUUUACCGCACGGGGCGGCUGCACAUGAUGGAGGAGAUGUGUGCGCUCAGCUUCAGCCAAGAGCUUGACUACUGGGGCAUCGAUGAAAUCUACCUGGAGUCCUGCUGCCAGGCUCGCUACCACCAGAAGAAGGAGCAGAUGAACGAGGAGCUCAAACGUGAGGCCGAGACCCUACGAGAGCGGGAGGGCGAGGAGUUCGAUAACACGUGCUGUGCGGAGAAGAGGAAGAAGCUCUGGGACCUGCUGGAGAAGCCCAAUUCCUCGGUGGCUGCCAAGAUCCUUGCCAUAAUCUCCAUAAUGUUCAUCGUCCUCUCCACCAUUGCCCUGUCACUCAACACGCUGCCAGAGCUGCAGGGCGUUGAUGAGUUUGGCCAGUCCACAGACAACCCCCAGCUGGCCCACGUGGAGGCUGUGUGCAUUGCGUGGUUCACCAUGGAGUACCUGCUGCGGUUCCUCUCCUCGCCCAAGAAGUGGAAAUUCUUCAAGGGUCCACUCAAUGCCAUUGACUUGUUGGCCAUCCUACCGUAUUAUGUUACCAUCUUCCUCACUGAAUCCAACAAGAGUGUGCUUCAGUUCCAGAAUGUUCGCCGCGUGGUCCAGAUCUUCCGCAUCAUGCGUAUUCUCCGCAUCCUUAAGCUCGCACGCCACUCCACUGGCCUCCAGUCCUUGGGCUUCACCCUGCGGCGGAGCUACAAUGAGCUGGGCUUGCUCAUUCUCUUCCUUGCCAUGGGCAUCAUGAUCUUCUCCAGCCUUGUCUUCUUUGCAGAGAAAGAUGAGGAGGACACCAAGUUCAAAAGCAUCCCAGCCUCUUUCUGGUGGGCUACUAUUACCAUGACUACUGUUGGAUAUGGAGACAUCUACCCCAAGACUCUCCUGGGGAAAAUUGUGGGGGGGCUCUGCUGCAUCGCAGGGGUCCUGGUGAUUGCUCUUCCCAUCCCCAUCAUUGUCAACAACUUCUCUGAGUUCUACAAGGAGCAGAAGAGGCAGGAGAAAGCAAUCAAGCGUAGAGAGGCUCUGGAGAGAGCCAAGAGGAAUGGCAGCAUUGUGUCCAUGAACAUGAAAGACGCUUUUGCCCGGAGCAUCGAGAUAAUGGACAUCGUGGUUGAGAAAAAUGGAGAGAAUAAAGACAAAGUACAAGAUAACCACUUGUCACCCAACAAAUGGAAAUGGCCAAAGAGGACACUAUCUGAAACUAGUUCAAGUAAGUCCUUUGAAACCAAGGAGCAAGGAUCCCCUGAGAAGGCCAGAUCAUCUUCUAGUCCUCAACACCUGAAUGUCCAGCAGUUGGAAGACAUGUAUAAUAAGAUGGCCAAGACCCAAUCCCAGCCCAUCCUCAAUACCAAGCAGUCAGCAACACACAGCAAACCAAAGGAAGAACUUGAAAUGGAGAGUAUCCCCAGCCCCAUAGCUCCUCUGCCCACUCGUACAGAAGGGGUGAUAGACAUGAGAAGCAUGUCGAGCAUUGAUAGCUUCAUUAGCUGUGCCACAGACUUCCCUGAAGCCACCAGAUUCUCCCACAGCCCUUUGAUGUCACUCCCCAGCAAGACUGGGGGCAGCAUGGCCCCAGAGAUAGGCUGGCAGGGAGCUCUGGGUGCCAGUGGUGGUAGGUUUGUGGAGGCCAACCCCACCCCUGCUGCCAGUCAUCACUCUACUUUCCUCAUUGAGAGCCCCAAGGCUACCAUGAAGACCAACAACCCCUUGAAGCUCCGAGCACUUAAAGUUAACUUCGUGGAAGGCGAACCCAGCCCAUUAGUCCCUGUUCUGGGGAUGUACCAUGACCCUCUCAGGAACCGGGGGGCUGCUGCAGCUGCUGUCGCUGGACUGGAGUGUGCCACACUCUUGGACAGGCCUUUGCUGAGUCCAGAGUCCUCCAUCUACACCACAGCAAGUGCUAGGACACCCUCCCGGUCACCCGAGAAACACACAGCAAUAGCAUUCAACUUUGAAGCGGGUAUCCACCAGUACAUUGAUGCAGACACAGAUGAUGAGGGACAGGUGCUGUACAGUGUGGACUCUAGCCCUCCCAAGAGCCUUCAUGGGAGUACCAGUCCCAAGUUCAGUAUUGGGACAAGAUCAGAGAAGAACCACUUUGAAAGUUCCCCCUUACCCACCUCUCCUAAGUUCUUAAGGCAGAACUGUAUUUACUCUACAGAAGCAUUGACUGGAAAAGCCCCCAGUGGUCAGGAAAAGUACAAACUUGAGAACCAUAUCUCCCCCGAUGUUCGGGUGUUGCCUGGGGGAGGAGCCCAUGGAAGCACACGGGAUCAGAGCAUCUGAACUACCCCACAUGAGGGAGAGACUUGUGGUGAGGUCCAAAGAGGAGUGCUGCUCAGCUUACCUGCCACAUAGCUUUUCUGCAUGAACUCUGAAGCAGAAAGGCUCUGCAAAGUCCCCAGAAAGACGAGAGACUCCAGAGAAAACUCCCUAACACCUUGAGAGUCACAGCAGGUCUAUUGGAAUGAAGUUGGCCAAGCCAUAGAAUAUGGCACCUCCUUGUAACAACUCCACUGCCCUCUUUGGGAGAUGACAUGAGCAGAACUCACAGCCACCACUACCACAUUCUAGACAUAACCAAGGCCACCUACUCCCCAUUCUUCUCUCAUGGCUAUCCAUCAGCCUUUGAAAGCAACAUCUUGAUCCCUCCUGGCCUUGGCUGGAGAAGGAUGCUGGAACACGUGGCUGAUAUUGAAAAAGUGAGUUGACUAAUUUGGUAUUGGGUGUUGCCUGGCCACCUCUAGGAACCCCUGUCCAUCACCUCCUGGAUGGAUCCCACUGUUAGAGGCUACAGAGAAUGCUUGUGUCAUGGAGAAAUCUCUGCACCAUAAGCCACAAUCCCAGCGCAAAACCCAUACUCAAAUGUCUUCAUUGACUUCAGUAUUUCGUAGUACUUGAGAUUUUAUUUUGAGCCAUCAUCAGGUUGAGUUGUACUACUUGUACUCCAUUCUAAUUGCCCCCUGGCAAUCUGGGAAGGGCUCAGAGGCAGGCACUCAGCCAACAGUAUGAACUCUGAGCAUUGCUUUAGGGUUGUAGAGGGAAAGCAUUUUCUGUACAUCACUAGUAUAGGCUCAAAAGAUAUGCAAGUGUCAAAUAUGCAAAAGAAAUAGCUUAUUCCAAGAGACUGUAUGUUACUGGAGAACAGAAUAAAAUCUGAUUUUUUUUUUAACCUGCAACAAUGAAAGGGGG